AAUCCGGCGCGGGAGAGUGCACUGAAUGAUUACAUGCACUUAAUCUUCUUCUUCUCCUACGCUCUUCUCCUCUUUGCAUCUCUUCGGCGUUUCCUGUUAUUGUGCGCCAUCUUAAUCUUAGGUGCGCCGUUGGCGCAUUCUCCUAUAUUAUCACCAACCAUCCUCACCUCCGUUGAACCCGACGUAGCUGGUAAUAAGAUCGAUCAUCGCCUCGAUCCAGCCGAGAUCUCUCUUCCUACCUCCGCGCGAGCGAUGUCGAAAGCUCGUGUUUAUACCGAUGUUAACGUGAUCCGACCUAAGGAUUAUUGGGAUUACGAAUCGCUCAAUGUUCAGUGGGGGGAGCAAGAUGAUUACGAGGUAGUGAGGAAAGUUGGGAGAGGGAAAUACAGUGAGGUUUUUGAGGGGAUAAACAUGAAUAGCAGCGAGAAGUGCAUAAUCAAGAUUCUCAAGCCUGUUAAGAAGAAGAAGAUUAGAAGAGAGAUUAAAAUACUUCAGAAUCUCUGUGGAGGGCCAAAUAUUGUCAAGCUGCUUGAUGUUGUCAGAGAUCAACACUCAAAAACCCCAAGCUUGAUAUUUGAGUAUGUUAACAGCACAGACUUUAAAGUUCUGUAUCCGACAUUGACUGAUUAUGACAUCCGGUACUACAUCUAUGAGCUGUUGAAGGCUUUGGACUUCUGCCACUCACAAGGAAUAAUGCACAGAGAUGUCAAGCCACACAACGUCAUGAUCGACCAUGAGCUGCGUAAACUUCGCCUAAUAGAUUGGGGUCUCGCUGAAUUUUAUCAUCCUGGAAAAGAGUAUAACGUCCGUGUGGCCUCAAGAUACUUCAAGGGACCCGAACUCCUUGUGGAUUUACAGGACUAUGACUAUUCCUUGGACAUGUGGAGCCUUGGUUGCAUGUUUGCUGGGAUGAUAUUCCGCAAGGAACCUUUCUUCUAUGGCCAUGACAACCAGGAUCAACUUGUCAAAAUUGCAAAGGUCCUUGGAACCGAUGAAUUGAAUGCAUACCUGAAUAAGUAUCAGUUAGAACUUGAUACUCAACUAGAGGCACUUGUUGGGAGACAUAGCAGGAAGCCAUGGUCCAAAUUCAUAAAUGCUGACAAUCGUCAUUUGGUCUCACCUGAGGCGAUUGAUUACCUGGACAAGCUCCUUCGGUAUGAUCAUCAAGACAGAUUAACUGCAAAAGAAGCAAUGGCUCACCCGUAUUUCGCACAAGUCAGGGCAGCAGAAAGCAGCAGAAUGAGGACUCAGUAGAGAGAAAGAGAGAGAGAGAGAGAUGUGGUAUAUGAGACAUUACUGUUGUUGAGGAUUUUUUUUUCUUUUUUUCUUUUUUUCUUUCUUACCUAUUAAAAUCCGUUUCAAAAAUCCAUAUGGAUUUCUAUUGAAAGGUACAAAUUAUUUUAAAUAUGGAUUUAUAAAAGUUUAUAAUGAUUUUAAUAUUUUA